AAAAUUUAAUUCCUAAUGAUUCUGCUUCCAGUAUUUCUAAUGAUUCUAUUUCUAGUACUUCUAAUAAUUCUGCUUCUAAUAUUCCUAAUGAUUCCACUUCUAGUAUUCCUAAUAAUUCUAUUUCUAGUAUUUCUAAUGAUUCUACUUCUAGUACUCUCAAUAAUUCCAUUUCUAGUAUUCCUAAUAAUUUCACUUCUAGUACUCCUAAUAAUUCCGCUUCUAAAAUGUUCGAGAAAUAUCUUCAUUUGUAUUUGGCAAUUCAAAAGAUGAGUUAUAAAGAGCAAUCAGUGCUUACUUGCUUAGAUAAUGAAAGCCUUAUAGUUCUCAAAACUUUCCGUCAGUUCCUUAAACCAUUUAAAAUUGCUACGUCAGUUCUUUCAGAAAAACAAUCGAACUCAAUCUCUGAUGCAUUAACAGUUAUAUUAGAAAUUGAUCAGCAUAUUCAUAAAUUUAGAGAUAAUAAUAUUAACGUUAAUAAUAUUUUAAUGACAAAAAAAUUUGACAAAUAUUGGAAAUCUAUCCUUGAUCAUAUUAUAAUUGCCCAUGUACUUGAUCCAAAAUAUAAGUUGAAGCACUUGAAGGCAACGCUAAUAGAAGUUGGUGAAUAUAAUAAUAGUGAUGCAAAAAUAUUUGUCAAUGAUAUUCACAAAAAAGUUAUUUCAUAUGGAACAAAAUAUUCUAGCACAAGUUCUUCAAAUUAUGUUGAAAUUGAUAAUAAUGACAAUUCUACUGAGCCCCUUGGAGAUUUAGAUAUUAGAAUAAAACUUUGGGAAUCAUUGUCGUCAAGAUUUCCAAUACUUAGCAAAAUGGUACGUGAUUUUCUAAGUAUUAAACCCUCAAGUGUUUCUAGUGAAAGGGCAUUCUCAAGAGCUGGUUUUACAAUCACUAAUGAUAGAGCGAGUAUUUGUGAAAAAACUGUUUCAAGCACAAUACUUAUACAUUCAUAG